UCGAGUUGUCGAUACUCUGCGUUGUUGAACUGAUUGUUCCCUUAACUUUGAUUUAUUUAUUUUUAUUUCAAUAAUAUCUCCAAUAUCUUGCAUAAAUAACGAUUAUUGAAUGAGUCUCAAUUGUAUGUCUUUUGAGAGUGCGAGUUGUGACGCGGGAUCGUGAGAGAUGGAGACGAGUGCCGAGUCUGGCAGCAUGUCGCCGGCGCGCGUGAAGCUGGAGCCCGAGACGGACCAGUCUGAAAUGAGCAUUGUUAAAGAAGAAGCUGUAUUCCUGGAUGAAGAGGAGCGUGUGAAGGAGGAGUGGUCGGACAGCACGGCCGGGCUCGGCGUGAGCGAGGCAGCCAUGCUGGCCGACUUGUACAUCGAGCACGAGGUGAAGGACGAGCUCGUGCUGGGGCCGGAGCGCCCGCACCGCCCCGUAGUCGCCCCGGCCGCGCUAUAUAAUCGUGUCGCAGCGUCCGCUCUCGUCUCCCCUGCUGCGGUGUCGGGUGUGCGCCGCUCGUGCUCGGUCAGGCUGGAGCGCCUGCUGGUGGACGCGGCGCGGCGCACCUGCCGGGUCGCGCGCCGCACGUACAAGCUGCGCGCCGCCGAGCCCGCACACACACCCAGCGCCAUCGCCACCGGCUAUCAGUGUCACCAUUGCGGCAAGCGGUUCAGGAACAAGUCGGUUCUGAAGAAACACGUACACACUCACUCAGACGAGAAGCCUUUCACUUGUAGCCAUUGUGGCUACAAGUGUACAAAAAAUUACGUUAAAAAUUCAUCUGAUGACUCACACUGGCGAAAAACCUUUCAGCUGUAGCCACUGUAGCUACAAGUGUAUAUUAAAAACAACUUUACGUAGGCAUCUCAUGAUUCACACAGACGAGAAGCCUAUUAGUUGUACUCUAUGUAACUACAAGUGUAGAACAAAAUCAGCUUUAAUGAAGCACCUAAUGAUUCACACAGACGAAAAACCUAUCAGUUGUACUCUAUGUAACUACAAGUGUAGAACAAAGUCAGAUUUACGGAAGCACCUAAUGACUCACACAGGCGAGAAGCCUUUCAGCUGUGCUCACUGUAGCUACAAGGGUAGAUUAAAAACAGAUUUACGUAGGCACCUAAUGAUUCACACAGACAAGAAGCCUAUUAGUUGUACUCUAUGUAACUACAAGUGUAGAACAAAGUCAGAUUUACGGAAGCACCUAAUGACUCACACAGGCGAGAAGCCUUUCAGCUGUACUCACUGUAGCUACAAGGGUAGAUUAAAAACAGAUUUACGUAGGCACCUAAUGAUUCACACAGACAAGAAGCCUAUUAGUUGUACUCUAUGUAACUACAAGUGUAGAACAAAAUCAGCUUUACUGCAGCACCUAAUGAUUCACACAGACGAAAAACCUAUCAGUUGUACUCUAUGUAACUACAAGUGUAGAACAAAGUCAGAUUUACGGAAGCACCUAAUGACUCACACAGGCGAAAAACCUAUCAGUUGUACUCUAUGCAACUACAAGUGUAGAACAAAAUCUGAUUUACUAAAGCACCUAAUGACUCACACAGACGAGAAGCCUUUCAGCUGUGCUCACUGUAGCUACAAGUGUAAAUCUAAUCGUAGUUUAAAGAGUCACCUGAUGUCUCAUAGAAACUAGAUUUAUUUUGCUGUAGCCAAAAAAAAAUACAGAAUCAUCUUAUGACUCAUAAAUGAGAAGACUUUCAGGUGACCCACUGUGACUACAAAUGUAGAAGAACAACAGAUUUACGGCAGCGCCUAAUGACUCGCACAGACGAAAAGCCUUUCAGCCAGCCAUCGCCACCGUCUAUCAGUGUCACCAUUGCGGCUGCAAUGCUGCAUUUUUCGUGUGCGUGUGGAUUGAGUGAGCACCUUCCGAAAAUAAAAAAAAUAUUCUGAUCAUUUAGUAAAAGUUCUAAAACAAUUGUAAAAUGAAUCUCUG